CCCGCCAUUUUGGGAGCUUGAGGGGGAGUGCAGCUGUGGCGGCUGCUGGAGCAGUCCAGCUCGGGCCGGCUGCCUCCUCCUCCUCCUCCUCCUCCUCCUCCGCUUCCUCCUCCCCCUUUCCUGGUUGUGGCCAAACCGUCUCUCCGGACUCAGCUGGCAACCAAACAGACAAAGGACUUUUAAUUACCGAAUGCAGAAGACUAGGAAUCAUGGAUAUGAAAUUCAGUUCCUCUCGGAAAUACGUUUCUAUCACCAUACCAUCAAAAUCCCAAGCUAUGUCACCACACAUCAAAUCAGUAGAUGAUGUGAUCGUCCUUGGAAUUAAUCUCAGCAAAUUUAACAAACCUACACAGUUUUUUAUUUGUGUUUUAGGAGUAUUUCUGUUUUAUCUUAUUUAUGGAUAUUUGCAGGAACUGAUAUUUUCAGUAGAAGGUUUUAAAUCCUUUGGCUGGUAUCUUACAUUAGUACAAUUUGGGUUUUAUUCCAUUUUUGGACUUAUAGAACUACAGCUUAUUCAGGACAAGAGGAGACGGAUCCCAGGAAAAACCUACAUGAUGAUAGCUUUUCUAACAGUGGGGACUAUGGGUUUGUCAAAUACCUCCUUAGGAUAUCUGAAUUAUCCUACACAAGUAAUCUUCAAGUGCUGCAAACUGAUCCCAGUUAUGAUAGGAGGAGUCUUUAUACAAGGAAAACGCUACAAUAUCGCAGAUGUUUCUGCUGCAGUAUGUAUGAGCUUGGGCUUAAUAUGGUUUACUCUAGCUGAUAGCACAGUUGCACCAAAUUUCAACUUGACAGGAGUGGUCCUUAUAUCCCUUGCCCUCUGUGCAGAUGCAGUUAUAGGAAAUGUGCAGGAAAAAGCAAUGAAGUUGCACAGUGGCUCAAAUUCUGAAAUGGUUUUGUAUUCCUAUUCAAUAGGUUUCCUGUACAUUUUAUUGGGGCUGACAUGCACUGCUGGCUUAACUCCUGCAGUAACAUUUUGUUCAAAGCGCCCAGUUCAAACAUACGGCUAUGCAUUCUUAUUUUCCUUGACUGGCUAUUUUGGAAUCUCUUUUGUCCUGGCUUUGAUUAAAAUCUUUGGGGCUCUUUUAGCUGUAACAGUUACAACAGGAAGAAAAGCAAUGACAAUUGUCCUUUCUUUUUUGUUUUUUGCAAAGCCAUUCACAUUCCAGUAUGUGUGGUCGGGUUUAUUAGUUGUCCUUGGCAUAUUUCUCAAUGUUUACAGCAAGAAUAUGGAUAAAAUCAGAUUGCCUUCACUGCGCCACCUCUGGAAUAAAUCUCUGGAAGAUAGAAAGACAAGGACGUUGUCCCAAACAGUAUAGAACUGGCUCGUGCCAUGUGUUACACUAAACUGUUUCUGUUCUUUCAUUGCAAUAGUCUCCAGCUGAAUCAUUUUCCAAAGGGAAUGACGUUAAAACCAAAGGAAUUGAAGGCAUUUUGUCUACUAGCAGAUGGUUGAUGUCAGCUUCUCUGCAAAACUUUCUUGCUUGAGUACUUGGGUCCCCUUCUCAGAGGGGAUUGGUUGAAUGAUGCCAUUGGACAAGGGACUUGGAAGGAUAGUAAUUCUUGGGAAAGCUGCUAUUGAGAUUGUCUCUAUAAAUGGAACGAUUGGGAGAGUGGGUAAUGUGAUUAAUUAGGGCAUUUUAAUUGUAUAAAACGUGCAGUGGCUGAAAUCAGUGGAUCUUGUUUUAUUGUUGGAAUAUGUUUAUUUAAAUGUAAUGUUGUAUUGAAACUUGAAACAAAUCAGAACUUGAUUGAUAAAAGAGAAAGUUUAAACCUCCAAGGUUGAGAUCAUUAUGCCAUUUCUUUCUUUUUAAAUAAUAAAAUCUCUCCCAGUUUUUUUUUUACUUUUGUUCUCAUUGUUUUAGCACUGCAAUUUUCCUCUGAGAAAAACUAGAUCUCCUAAAACUUAAGGGCUUUUAGAGAAGAGAGCUGUCUUCUGUCUAUGCAUUUCCUAUCACAUAACUGAUUCUUUUAAGAAAUUGUCUUUCAACUAACGUUGUAAGUAGGGCUGUGCAAAUGUUUUGAGCUCAAAACGACCAUCUGAGUGUUCCAAGCUCGAAAUAAAACUCAAGCAUGCUGAGAAUUCUGUUUCAAGAUCAGGCAAAACAAAAUUGGUUCAGCCUCAAAACAAAAACUCGGCUAUUUUGAAUUGUCAUAUGAUAGUAUUUUAAUCAUAAAAUACAACCAUGAACAAACCAUUGCAAACUUAAAACAAAUCGUUCUGACUUCAAAAUAGACGAUUUCAAAUGUUCUGAGCUCAAAGCAAAAUGUAGAUGUUUCUGUUUUGUUCUGAUCGAGCAUUCUGAUGAAAUGUUUUAAGGAGAAUCAUUUGGUUCUGAGCUUGAAAAAAUACAUUUCUCAUUUUGUGCACAUACCCACUUAUAAAUAAGUAUUCAGAAAGGCUUGAUUAGCCAGCCAACUUCAUUCCUCAAAAUAGAGUUUCUUGCAACUUUUGCAUAUUGAAAUGAAAGAAGAGAAAACAGAGAAAAUAGCUAGGGAAUAGCAGAUGAAUUAUUUUGUAUAUUUUUUGAUACCGUAAUUAAGUUAUAAAUUUGAUCAUUCUGUGGAGUUUUCUGUAGUGUGUUUUUUAAAAAGCAAAUGCUAAAAUUCUGUGCCACAAUAAUUUUAUAGCUAAAUAAAUAAUGCACAUGAGUGUAUAUUUGCAUACCUUA